AUGACAACGUUUGUGUUGGCUUUACUAGCCUUUUUAGCAAUAUUAUGUGCAACUCAUGUUCUCACUAAUAAAGAUGAUUUUUUGUACGUUAAUAUCACAAUACUCCAAAGCGCAACUGCCCAAGGUGCAGUAUGUCUCGAUGGAAGUCCACCAGCAUAUCAUCUUCACAGAGGAUAUGGUACAGGAUUUCGCAGUUGGAUUAUCUACUUGGAAGGCGGUAGUUGGUGCGAAAGUAUCCCAGAUUGCCUUGAUCGUUCAACUACGUCCUUAGGUUCUUCCAACCAUAUGAAACAACACGACUUUUUCGCGGGUGUACUUCAUAAUACUUCUAAACAAAAUCCAGAUUUUCAUAAUUGGAAUAGGGUGAAGGUGAAGUAUUGUGACGGUUCAUCUUUCACUAGUGAUGUUGAACAAGUUCACCCUGAGAACAAGUUGUACUUUAGAGGAGCAAGAAUAUUUAAGGCUAUUAUGGAAGAUUUAUGGAGCAAAGGAAUAAAAAGUGCUGAAAAUGCAAUUCUAACGGGAACAUCAGCAGGAGGGUUGGCAACAAUCUUAAACUGCGAUAAGUUUAAAUAUCUCCUUCCAGAGAGUGCUAAAGUAAAAUGUGUCGCGGAUGCUGCCUUUUUUAUCAAUAGGUCAGCACACUCUUCUUAUAUAUGAUCUCAAGAAAAUUCGAUUCACUUGGCUCGUUCAUGAUUAAUAAUAAUGCAGCAACACAAUCUAUGGUACUUCAUAUAUUCAAGAGAUGUACCAAAAAAUUGUUAACCUACAUGUGAGUCACAUCUUCUUCUUCUUUUUUUCUUUUAGUAAUUUUGAUAUGUUUUAAGAAGUAGAUACCAUGAUAAAUCUAAUUCCUCUUCCGUUCUUAGGGAUUAACUAAGAAUUUGCCGUCAGCUUGCACGUCUGUAAUGGAGCCAAGUCUGGUAAAAGCUUAAGCUUUUAUAACAAAAACAUUUUCUUUCAUUAAAUAUAUUAUAUAUAUCCUAAUUGAUGAUAUAUAUGGUGCAGUGCCUUUUCUCUCAGAAUGUUAUUCCAUAUAUUCAAACUCCACUUUUCAUAAUCAAUUCAAUUUAUGAUUCUUGGCAGGUCAAGUAGACAAAUGCUAACUUUUCUCGAUUUUUAAUUCUUUCCUUAGCUUCCAUAAAUAUAAAUUUAAACGAAAUUAAUUAUUUUGUACAUUGAUCCAGAUUAAUAACAUUUUGGUUCCUCUAUAUCUUGAUCCUCAACAUGCUUGGGCGAAUUGCAUCAACAACAUAAGUAGAUGCACAUCUAACCAACGUAUAAUUAUUCAAGGUUAAUUAAUGUAUACGACAUUACGUUACACAUGUAUAAUGACUCUUCUUCUCCCUUUUUAUUAGUUUGUUUUGUUUUAAUUUAGCUUUUGGAGUGAAGUUCUUGAAGACAUUCAACAAACUACCUUCUUGUUGUACAAGGGGUUAUUUCCUCACGUCUUGUUAUUCUCAUGGUGAUAUGCGUUUUCCAACAUAUUGGUUCAGUGCUACCUCUCCAAGGUUACUUAAUAAGGUAAUGUUUCAUUUGUUCUAGCCAUAUGAAGCUUGAAUAUACACGUUCUUUUUUAUUACUGUUAUCAUGUGUCUGUCAUUCUUAUUUUCGAUGAGUUUCAUAAUAAAUUUAAUUUAUCGUAACAUUUUACACGUGUAGACAAUUGCGGAAGCUGUUGCGGAUUGGUACUUUGAGAGAGCAGGGUUUCAAUAUAAAGACCCUUACCCUUGUGCUAGAGAUUGCAAGUUAUAAUUAUAAGUUGGUGAAAGUUUAUAGCAAAUUAUAGGCUUGCAUAUGUUGUACCUCCUGCUUAUUUGGUGAUACAUAGUUGUUGAGGAUUAGC